UUGCACUAUAAAGUCCCUUCAGCGACGUCAUGUUUGCAUCAGUCGCCUGGAGAGGCCUCAGAACUGGGGUGAAAACUCCUGUGAAGUGAGAUUUGUGAUACUAGUCCUGGCUCCUCCUAAAAUGAAAAGUACCAAAACAGCCACAGAAGUGGGCAGAACAUUUGCCACAAUGUUUUCAGACAUCACCUUUCGACAGAAACUCCUAGAAACCAAAACUGAAGAGGAAUUCAAGGAAGCCUUAGUCCACCAACGCCACUUGUUGACAGUAGUGAAUCAGAGACCCUCAGCAAUGAGUGAUGGGCACAAGUCGCAUGGUCCCAAGCCACUCAAGUUGCACGAGUUUCUGAAUGUUGGCAAGGGGAUUUCUGAUGACAUUGCACGAAGAUUUCCAGUGUACGCUUUGGACUUCACUGAUGGUGUUAUAGGAAACAACAAAGCUAUAGGAAAAUACAUCACAACUAUGAUCUUUCUGUAUUUUGCCUGCCUCCUUCCAUCCAUUGCAUUUGGGUCACUUAAUGAUGAAAAUACCCGAGGAGCUAUAGAUGUGCAGAAGACAAUUGUUGGCCAGUGUAUUGGAGGGCUGCUUUACGCGCUGUUUUCAGGGCAACCUCUAGUUGUACUCCUAACUACUGCUCCUUUAGCACUCUACAUCAAUGUCAUCCGAGGAAUCUGUGAUGACUACAACUUGGAUUUCAGUGCUUUCUAUGCCUGGAUUGGACUGUGGAACAGCUUUUUCCUUGUGAUGUACUCCCUCUUUAAUUUCAGUCUUCUGAUGAAGCUCUUUAAAAGGUCAACAGAAGAAAUAAUUGCACUUUUUAUAUCCAUCACGUUUGUGCUUGAUGCCUUCAAAGGAAUUAUUAAAGUUUUUAAGAAAUAUUACUACCAUGGGCGCACAGGAGACAGUUACUUGGAAAAAGCACGAACUGAUGCUAUUCCAAGCCUCGGCAUCAAUACCACCUUCUUGAUGAAUUCAUCAGUGAGCAGAUCCAUGUCCCUAGAGAAUCAAACAGGCACUCAUGAUGUGCAUUAUGGACGUGAAACUGCCGUCCUUAGUCUCAUGUUGAUGUUGGGUACCCUUUGGCUUGGUCAUACGCUCUAUCAGUUUAAGAAAAGCCCAUAUUUGCAUGCGAGAGUACGUGAAAUUCUGUCCGACUGUGCCUUACCGAUUUCAGUUCUGACUUUCUCUGUUGUGGGUUCCUAUAUCUUCAAGGAAAUUGAAAUGUCCAAAUUUAACUACAACCCAUCUGAGAGCUUGUUUGUGCUUGCCCCAGUCCAGUCCCUCUCUAUCGGGUCAGUGAUGAGCGCCAUGGGACUGGGGUUUCUCCUGUCAAUGCUCUUCUUCAUAGAGCAGAACAUUGUGGCAUCGCUCACAAAUGCCCCGGAGAACAGGUUGGUGAAGGGAACAGCUUAUCACUGGGACCUCCUGCUCGUUGCGCUAAUUAACACAGGGCUAUCAGUCUUCGGCCUCCCGUGGAUCCAUGCUGCCUUCCCUCACUCCCCAAUGCAUGUCCGUGCCCUGGCCUAUGUGGAGGAAAGGGUUGAAAAUGGACACAUCUAUGAGACGAUUGUGAGUGUGAAGGAGACACGGCUGACAAGUCUAGUGGCAAACUUCUUGGUUGGCCUCUCGGUCCUGCUCCUCCCUUUCCCUCUCCAGUGGAUCCCAAAGCCGGUCCUCUAUGGCCUCUUCCUCUACAUUGCGUUGACCUCCAUUGAUGGGAACCAGCUCUUUGAAAGGGUGGCUCUCCUGCUCAAGGAACAGACUGCUUAUCCUCCUACACAUUACAUUCGCAGAGUGCCCCAGAGGAAGAUCCACUAUUUCACAGGCUUGCAGGUCCUGCAGCUCCUCAUCCUCUGUGGUUUUGGCAUGUCACCAUUGCCCUACAUGAAGAUGAUCUUCCCGCUCAUCAUGAUAGGGAUGAUCCCUAUCAGGUAUAACCUGCUCCCUAGGAUCAUUGAAGCCAAGUACUUAGAUGCUAUGGAUGCAGAGCACUAAACGGGGUCCUCCGCACACAGAGCAGCGAGCACAGUUCUUCCGGAGUUGAAAGGCGGCUUUGCCGAGGCGUAGAACAAUCUGUCUGCAGUUCUUUCUUUCACCACUUUCUUUCUGCUCUCAUAUGGCAUUGGUAAUGCGCACAUAUCAAAGACCGACUGAGCGUUGAAGUGUCAGACCAAAACAGCCUUGGACUUGGGAGGCCGAUGCUCCCUGGAGCUGUGAGACAAGCAGGCUUUAUGGAAAUGCAACUUUCCACAUCCCAAAACCGGAAACCCCAAAGAUCAGCAUGUCCAUACAGUUGGAGCAUACAUUCUCAGAGUUGUCAUGUGUUCCCUUGUUUGAG